GGAGGAGGCGCCAGGCUGGUUGCUAGCCGCCGCCACUCGCCCCUGCGGACGCCUCUUUAUUGUCACCCACGGCCGAGGCCAGCCCCGUGGGGCCCCGGGUUGCUCUGCAGUCGUACCCGCCAGGCCGAGCCCACGAGCCCUGCGCCCCAGGCCGGGCCCGCGCAGGGCCAGCUGGUCCACCAUGAAAGGUUCACGGACCAUUAGUGCUCCCCCCGAAGGCAGCCCAGAAGGUAUGGACUUGAGUCUGGUUGGGCUCCCUCCGCCCGUGUCCCAGCGGCCCAGCAGUGCCUCUGCUACCAAGUCUAUCGUCCGAUCCGUGUCUGUGGUCACGGGCAGUGAGCCGAGGAAAAGAGCAUUGGAGGCCACGGGGCCUGGGGGCUCUCGGGCUAUCAACAAUCUUCGAAGAUCUAACAGCACCACGCAGGUCAACCAGUCAUGGACCGGCUCCCCCAGGCCAGCAGAGCCCAGCGACUUCCUGAUGCUCUUUGAGGGUGGUACCAGUGGAAGAAGGAGGGUGGCCAGUCUCAGCAAGGCACCCAGUGAGAAGGGAGCCUCGUGGAAUGUCCUGGAUGACCAGCCCAGGGGCUUUGCUUUGCCAGCCAAUGACCAGAGUCCCAGUACCCUUGACUCUGCCUUGGGCCCACGGAAGAAGGAAUGUACCCUGGCUCCCAGCUUCACCGUUAACAACAGGAGCAACAAAGGUGCCGUGGGCAACUGUGUCACAACCAUGGUGCAUAACCACUAUGGCUCGUUGAAGAAGGUGUCACCCCCCAAGAGCUCCAACCAGACAGCCCCUUCCCUCAACAACCUCAUCAAGGCUGCAGCCCGCGAGGGCAGCGAGGGCAGCGACUUUGGGAAGCCGCGGAAGAACUUCUCUGGCGCCAACCACUCCAUCAGGGGCGCCACCGGCCUGCUGAGGCGGAAGGAGGUGACGGAGGAGGAAGCUGAGAGGUUUAUCCACCAGGUAAACCAGGCCGCAGUCACCAUCCAACGCUGGUACCGCCGCCAGGUACAGAGGCACCGCGCAGGAGCAGCAAACCUUGAACACCUGCUGGCGUCCAAGCGAGAGGGGCAGAGGCAACGGCUGGGCAGCAGGAACCUUCUGGACAUGCACCGGCAGGAGGAGGCUGCAAGGAAGAAGGCCAGGGAGGAAAAGGCUCGCCGGGCCAGGCAGGCAGCCAUUCAGGAACUACAGCAGAAACGAGCCCAGAAGGCCAGCGAGGCUGAGCGCAGGCUGUCUAAGGACAGACCCGAGACCAGAGCGUUAGGACAGCCUCCACCCACCCAGGAGCCACCGCUGGCGCCAGGCAGUGGCACCCACCAGGCCCCCAAGGCCAACAAUGCUCAUGCCAGCAUCUGCCCCACAGGCCCUGGAGACCCCUGCCCUCCUGUCUCUGAGUCAUCCCCAGAGCCCCAGCAGCCUCCAGAGGACAAGCCACAGGAUGUCCCGUCCCAGGAUGGAGCCAGAGAGGACUUGGGAGCGCUGGGCACUUCCAGAAGCAAGGCCAGGGCCAGAGCUACCCUGGAUGAACUGCUAGACACACUGAGGCUACUGGAGGAGGAGCCCGAACCACUGCCCCGCCCCAAGACCUAUCACAAAGACAGAUAUGCCUGGACCCACGAGGAAGAUGACACCAACUCCCUGACAGCCGACAACCUGGAGAAAUUUGGGAAACUGAGUGCACCCCCGGGCCCACCUGAUGACGGGACUCUGCUCUCGGAGGCCAAGCUCCAGAGCAUCAUGAGCUUCCUGGAGGAGAUGGAGAAGUCGGGGCAGGACCGGCCGGCGUCCCAGCGGGAGGGCCUGGUGCUAGAGGCAGGCCCAAGGCCCCCGGCACUGGGGUCUGAGGGGAGCACAUCCAUGAUGCGGCUGAAGCUGGAGAUGGAGGAGAAGAAGCAGGCCAUGGUUCUACUGCAGAGAGCUCUGGAGCAGCAGCGUGACCUCACCAUCCGACGUGUUAAGGAGACAGAGAAGGAGCUGAGCCGGCAGCUGCGGCAGCAGAAGGAGCACUAUGAGGCCACCAUCCAACGGCACUUGUCCUUCAUCGACCAGCUGAUCGAAGACAAGAAGAUUCUGAGCGAGAAGUGCGAGGCGGUGGUGGCUGAGCUGAAGCAAGGGGACCAGCGGUGUCGGGAGCGUGUGGCCCAGAUGCAGGAGCAGCACGAACUGGAGAUUAAGAAACUCAAAGAGCUCAUGAGUGCCACUGAGAAGAUCCGCCGUGAGAAGUGGAUCAACGAGAAGACGAAAAAGAUCAAAGAAAUCACAGUCAGAGGUCUGGAGCCCGAGAUCCAGAAACUCAUUGCGAAGCACAAGCAGGAGGUGCGGAGGCUCCGGGGCCUGCACGAGGCUGAGCUGCUGCAGCGCGAUGAGCAGGCCGCACAGCGCCACCUGCGCCAGGCAGAAGAGCUGCGGGAGCAUCUGGAGCGGGAGAAGGAGGCCCUGGGCAAGCAGGAGCGGGAGCGCGCCCAGCAGCGGUUUGAGCAGCACCUGGAGCAGGAGCAUCGGGCCCUGGAGCAGCAGCGGCGGCGGCUCUACAACGAGGUGGCGGAGGAGAAGGAGCGCCUGGGCCAGCAGGCAGCCAGGCAGCGGGCAGAGCUGGAGGAGAGCAGCGCCACGCUGACACGAGCCCUGAGAGCCGAGUUCGAGAGGAGCCGGGAGGAGCAAGAGCAGAGGCACCAGAUGGAGCUGAAAGCCCUGAAGGACCAGCUGGAAGCCGAGAGACAGGCGUGGAUGGCCAACUGCACCAAGAAGGAGGAAGCGUGGCUGCUGACCAGGGAGCGGGAGCUGAAGGAGGAGAUCCGAAAAGGCCGAGACCAGGAGAUCGAGCUGGUCAUCCACCGGCUGGAGGCUGACAUGACGCUGGCCAAGGAGGAGAGUGAGCGGGCCGCCGAGAGCCGUGUGAAGCGUGUGCGGGACAAGUAUGAAGUGGAGCUCUCCGAGCUGGAGCAGUCCGAGCGGAGACUCCAGGAACGGUGCACGGAGCUGAAGGGGCGCCUUGGGGAGGCCGAAGGGGAGAAGGAGCGUCUGCAGUCCCUAGUGCGGCAGAAGGAGAAGGAGCUGGAAGACGUGCGGGCGGUGAACACACAGAUGUGCAGUGAACGGGCCAGCCUGGCCCAGGUGGUCCGGCAGGAGUUCACAGACCAGCUGGCAGCCUCCCAGGAGGAGAACCAGAGGCUGAGAGCGGAGCUUGCUGAGCUGCGUGCCCACCAGCAGAUGGAGCUAGAUGAGGUUCAUCAGAGGGUGAAGAUAGCUCUUGCGAGGAAGGAGGAGGCCGUGAACAGUCUCCGGAAGCAGCAUGAGGCUGCUGUGAAGCGGGCGGACCACCUCGAGGAGCUGCUGGAGCAACAUAGACAGCCAUCCUUGAAUGCUAAAUGACAUCACCCUGGAUGGAAACCCAGACCUGAGCGGAUGCUCAGCCCUGCAGCUGGUGUCCAGGGCUAAGGGUAGAACCGCGGCUGGCGUGAGAGGCCCCCCUCUCCCCAUGGAACUCCGGUGCUCAGGAUGCCACAGUCAGCGUCCUGCAGCUAGCUGUUUUAUAGUAAAAUAAGUUAGUUUUUUA